CAUAGAUAAUUGUAAACAGAUUACCUUGAAGGAUUUUCCGUGUUUUUAUCCGCUGCAGGCACUGUCCUAUACAUUAAACAUUGCAAAAUCAUUUGCUAUUAUUUAUGAAUACAUAUUGGAAGUAAUUAGCUCUAAGAUUACAGGUAUUAAACAAUGUACUUUACAUAUAAGACAUUCGGUAGUUAUACAUAAUGUUUGAUCAAGGUAAAACAUUGAGACAUCAUAAUGUAGUACAAUCUGAUUGAGAGAUAAUUUGCUUGUAAGUAAGUACACAAUGUAAUAGUAGUUUGAUGAAUUUUGAUAAAACAUGUCGUACUUAUUUAACAAAUAAAGUACUAUAUUUAGUUUAAAUACCAAGAAGAAGUUUCAUUUUUGAUAAAGUGAUUAUAGAGAAAGUAGACAAAAAUGAGCGGAGAAAAUCCACCAGAGCAGCGGCUGUCCGGCAAGCUACCAGCAAGUUUGCUAGAAAGAUUUGAUAAACAACUAAAAUUUCCAGUUCCAAAACAGAAACCGAAGAUUUUACCGAAGCCAGUUAUUCCGUCUAACAGAAUCACACAAGUGCCAACAGAAACGACCAUGUCUGACAACUCAAUAUUUCAUUCACCUAUGAUACUGGUUUUAACGGUUGAUGGAAAAGCGACAUGCAAUCAGUCAACCUUAGACAAACUGAGAGAAAUAGAGAAACCCUUGAAUAUAGUUUCUGUAGUUGGGACGCUGAGAACUGGGAAAUCUUUCAUCCUGAAUAAACUCGCAAGACAUGAUUCAGGUACAUGCCAUAUCAAUGGUUUUGCACAUAAUUUCAUGUAUAUCACAUAUUUGCCUGUGGUAACAGUGACAUUUGACAUGAAAUAGUAGAAAUAUGAGAAGAGUAAAAUCGCUUGUAUAAUUUUGCCGUCGUUUUUUUUUCCAUUUAAUAAUAUUACGAACUUUUAGUAACAUCGACCUAACGGGAAGUUGAUAAAUUUGUCUAUAUAAUCAGAGAAGGAUAAAAUUUCUUAAGCUUAAAUGCAAAAUGACCUAUUUGUAAAUUAAAAAAAAAAAAAAAAAAAAAAAAAAAAACACCGUUUUCCCACAUUUUUUCAGGUUCUUUUUUGAAAUAUUUUGGUGUUUCUUUAUUUCAUCUUUAAAUAGACAAACUUCAGUUCAUAUAGCCUCGGUACAGUAGCAUGAGGAACAAACUCAUCGUCAUCGUUGAAUAGAAGAGAAAAAAUGAAAUAUUUUCCGCAACUAAUAAAACAAGAAGGCCAAGAUGGCCCUAGGUCAUGUUUGACCUAGUGAUUUUAUGGAAAUAGAUAUUCUAUCAAUUAUCAUUAAAAUUUGAGCAAAAAUCUUUAUUAUAAACAAGUAUUUUCUUUGAUUUUACCUAGUGACCUAGUUUUUGAACCCAUAUUCGACCUUGACCUAGAUUUCAUCAAGGAUAUCAUUCUUACCAAAUUUUAUAAACAUCAGUUGAAAAAUACAGCUUCUAUCGCAUAGUCAAGGUUUUUCUUUGAUAUGACCUAGUGCCCUAGUUUUGACCCCAGACUACCCAUAUUUGAACUUGAUCUAGAUUUUAUCAAGGCAACCAAUUUGACUAAAUUUAUGAAAAUCCAGUGUAAAAUGCAGCCCCUAUUGCAUGCAAAAGAUUUUUCCUUGAUUUUACCUAGUGACCUAGUUUUUGAACCCAGAUAAUCGAUAUUCGAAUUUGACCUACAUUUCAUCAAGGCUAUUAUUCUGACAAAAUUUCAUGAAGUUCAGUUGAAAAAUACAGCCUCUAUCGCAUACAUCAGCUUUUUCUUUGAUAUAACCUUGUGACCUUCUUUUUGACCCUAGAUUACCCAUAUUCAAAUUCUAUCUAGAUUUUAUCAAUUUAAUCAUUAUGACUAAAUUUCAUGAAGAUCAAUUGAAAAAUACAACCUCUAUCGCAUACACAACGUUUUCCUUUGAUUUGACCUCAGAUUACCCAUUUUCAAAGUCGAACUAGAUUUCAUCAAGGUUAUCAUGCUGAUUAAAUUUCAUGAAGGUCGAUUGAAAAAUACAGCCUCUAUCGCAUACACAAGGUUUUCUUUUGAUUUGACCUAGUGACCUACUUUUUGGCCCCAGAUGACCCAUAUUCGAACUAAAUUUUACCAAGGCAUUAAUUGUGACCAAAAUUCAUGAAGACUAAUUGAAAAAUAAAGCCUUUAUCGCAUACACAAGGUUUCUCUUUGAUUUGACCUAGUGAUCUAGUUUUUGACCUCAGAUGACCCAUUUUCGAACUCGGCCUAGAUUACAUCAAGGAAAUAAUUCUGACCAAAAUUCAUGAAGACUUAUUGAAAAAUGCAGCCUCUAUCGCAUACACAAGGGUUUUCUUUUAUCUGACCUAGUGACCUAUUUUUUGACCCCAGAUGACCCAUUUUAAAACUCUGCCUAGAUUUCGUCAAGGUAAUCAUUCUGACAGAAUUUCAUAAAUAUCAAUUGAAAAAUACAGCCUCUAUCGCAUACAAAGCUAGAUGUUGCGACAGACAGAUGACAGACAGACAGACGACCGACGCCAGACAUCGAUCGAUCACAAAAAUUGAGCAAUGCUCAGGUGAGCUAAAAACGGUACCUCUUAAAAUGUAGAUAAAUUAUUCAACUUUUGAUAUGUGUUACUUGUUUUAAAGCUAGUAAUACCGGUUUGCUUGGUCCUUUUUGCAAUUUAGUGAUUUCAGUGACCAUUUCUUCCAAUAUGCCGGCUUUUUCCGCCGCGGUUACCCAUAGGUAAUCGGAAGUUUUUACAGAAAAUAUUAUCGUCUGCUAGCAGCUGGUUUGCAUGGGCUUUGUCAGUAAAAAAAUGUUAUAUCUCAAAGUAUAUGGAUUAUAGCCAAUUUCACAAGCAAAAUAAUAUUGUAAUCUGACCAAUUAAAAUGAAUUUAUUAUUGAACUCUGUUUUAAUGCCGUAUCUUUUGAAACUUUGAACAGCUUUGAAAAGUUUUUCUUUAGGCACGGGAUAUUGAUAUAUAUUCUAAGCUUUCAUUUUGCUAAUGAAACUUGAAAUUUUGAAUGUUUUUGUUUUUAAUUUCUUUAUUUUUUUAAUUGUUCUGUUAGGAUGCAUGGAUAUAAUAGAACCGAUAUAGAUAUGCUCAUUAUUAUUUUGCGUAAAAAACGUAAAAUCUUUUGAAUGGUUUUCACAAGGACCAGUAGACUGUUAUCAGUCGUUAGAGUCGUAAAAUGUAAAGCACUUGGCCAUAAAAUCAAUCUUCUCUGAUACCACUUUCAGAAAAAAGCAAUUUAUCUUGCCUCUGUCUCUGAGCUUAGAGAGAAAAUGUUUUCAUGAGAAAAUAUCAGUGUUAGU